AUGGAGCCUAGAAGUACUCCACAGGCGUUCCUCUCGUCCUACGCGCCCCGAUUGCGCGUUUACAAUAAUUCUCUUCUCACUCCCGUAAUUCAUUCCACCGCACCAACCGGCCCAGUAUCGCGAACGACAAAACGUGGCACCACGGUAAUUAAUUAUGCCGAAGAUGGUUAUGACUACGAUGAUGACGAUGACGAUGACUCGAGACGGCGACCUACGGGCUUGCGCAGUCUAAGACGAGAAGACAGCGCAUCACGGAUAGAUCCGAGCGAUAAAUUUGGGAAGGAAACGAAUAACCCUGUUACAGUUCAGGGUAUCUGGAGGGAUUGGAUGCUGAAGACCAAGAAUCGAUCAGAUCUAAAUAAUCAGGCCCAAGCUGCGAUGCCCGUUACUCUUAUUCCUAUUCGUAUCGACGUCGAUAUUCCCGCCUUCAUGCCCUCCGCGGCGUACCCUCUGCCUCGGGGUCUUAACCAGCCACCUCCUCAGAUGGACCCUGCGUUAUACAGGACAGGCGACAUGACAGUUCCUUAUAAACUGAGGGAUAUUUUCUUAUGGAAUUUACACGAGACUGUCAUGACGACAGAUCAAUUCGCGCUCAGCCUCGUUCAAGAUCUAGAUCUUCCCAACCAAGGUGCUAUUGCUGCUGAGAUUAGCAGACAGAUCAGAACCCAACUAGAAGAGUAUGCAGGUGUUGCGCUUCAUCCACUCUUCCAUUCGGAAGAUAAGGCGCCUACGAAUGGCGCCGGACUAGCUCCUCAGUUGAGCUUCCGCGAUACCCCGGCAACUCCAGCUACUCCUCUCCAUAAUUCAACACGUGCUCCUGAGACUCCGUUCCGAAAUGGUCUCGAUACCGGAUUUGAUACUCCAAAGGGUGCUCGUUCGCAGGUCCCCGAUAUAACAGCCAGUGCCACACCAAUUCCCGCCGACUCGGAUGAGCUUAACCCCGACGACACCUACCGAUGUAUAGUUUCCCUCAACGUAAAUCUUUCUUCCCAACUCUAUACGGAUAGGUUUGAGUGGUCGUUACUUCAUCCUCCUGGCACAGCAGAGGCGUUUGCCAAAGUCACGUGUGCGGAUCUGGGCCUCGCUGGUGAAUGGGUUCCUGCUUUAACGCACGCAAUAUAUGAGGCAGUAUUACGUCUUAAAAAGGAAGCUUGCGAAGCCGGCGGUCUCGUAGCGGGAUGGGGUGGUAUGGGGACUGAAUUUCCCAAUGACGCUGCUCACGGUGCGGAUGCCGGCUGGAGGUAUGAUCCUGAGCAUCUCGCAGACGAGUGGGAGCCCAAGAUCGAAGUGCUGUCGAAGGAAGAGAUAGAGAAGCGAGAAGUCGACCGAGAACGACAGAUCCGACGUCUUCGCCGGGAAACUGCUAGAUUUAGCAGUAAUGCCGGCAUGAUAGGUGGCGUACCAGGCUUGGGCUUAGGCUUUGAAGUCGAAGAGGAGAGGAUGGGACGCGGGGAGAGAUCGAAGAAAAAGAGGAGAUUCCGCAGUUUAAGUCCCCUCGGGCGAUCUGGUACUCCAGGUGGUAGGAAUACGCCAGAUGUUGGAUACGGCGGAGGAGGGGGCGGAACGCUCACCGACCAAGAGAGGCUUAACUGGCGUUGUACCCAUUGCCGUAUCUGGGGCACGAGCGUCUGGGCAGUCAGAGAUGGACCUUGGGGUCCUAGGUCCCUCUGUGCCAAUUGUGGUCGAUUCUACGAGCAAACCAAGAAGCUGCCUCGGUGGACAAAGAAUUUACACUUGGUGGACUUGCGUCCAUUUUAG